UCGAAUCGUUCGACUUAACCUCGAAGUUAAGCAAGCGAUAAUGGAUGACAUAAUAUACGUCAAAGCGUCUAUCGGAUGGAACGAAAGAGGAUGAAACGACCAGGAGGGUUCAGAAAAGAAACUGAAUUUGGCCGGCGAUAUGGGAAAGCGGAUCUUGAUCGAGUUGGUUUCUUCGAUGAUAUACCAAAUGCUUCGGAAGAUCCGUACGGUCCACCGGCCGUGAUACGCGAGGAUGUUGAAAAGGGUCGUCAGUUGCUUUCCGGUCCACCCUAUGAACUUUUCGAGAAAGAAUUCCAACGAAUUUUCGUGGGCGAAGCACUCACUAAACCAAUAUCGCAGAUUAAACAUAAAAAAAUCAAGAUUGUAGAAGGUCCACCCUUGAUACCACCAUCACCUUCGAAAAAGCACUCGACGCCUGGUGACUCGUUCGGGUGUUUCAGCAAACAACCGACUUACUUCAGUCCUGUAUUAAGAGCCAAGCCAAAAAGAGAAAGGGAAGAGCCGAAUUUCAAGAUAAAGCCUGGGAAACUCGGUGGACCGGGAUAUGCGGAUAUUUGUUUCAGCCCUUAUCCCACUUAUGAUCCAUUAAACGUUAACGUUUCAUAUUCCACAGAGAGAACAGGACCAAGUUUCUUGUCUAUGAGUGCUCCUCUCGAUUAUUUCCCACCGAAUCCUUAUUUCGAUGAAAGACCUGGUCCAACGUACGUGCGUCCAAAGGAAAUUCAAGAAAAGAUCAUUGGUCCUGGCCAUAUCUAUGUCCCAUUUCCAAAGUCACCCGGUGGAAAUCACGAUGGUUGCUUCAGCAAGUUUCCAUCUUACUUGAGUGAACCGUAUGAUCUUAGUAUCCCAAGAGUUGUCACGACCGGACCACCAUUGCUCGCUGGUGGACCUGAUCUACGAACAAAAUAUACUAACAGUAUUAUCAAUCAGGUCACAGCUGUAUCCUGUAACGCGACCAACUAUCGAGAGUAUCACGAACGUGUCUAUCCUUUGACUCAAUAA